AUGAAAGAGAUAUUUGAACAUGAAGAAAGCACGAUGAUACCAGAAAAUAUUGCACGUUCUUGGUAUCGAAAAUCACAUAAUCAUUAUGAGCCGGGAGAACAAAUUACAAGAGAAGAUCCAGAAACAUUGCGUCUUUAUGUAGACACUGUACACGGUAAGAAGACUGUCAAAGAUGAAUUAAAUGAAUUAAAUGAAUCAGACAAACAAGUGCUUUUCUGGUGGCAAUGUUUACAAGAUUUAUACGAUUUCCGUCGAAAACUCAAAAAGCGUAUACAAGAAGUGCCGUUCUUAGACAUAGAGGAUGAGUUUUCUUGUCUAGACAAAGAAUACAUCGGAACUCUACCUGAAGAUAAGGUUUUUCUGAUUUUCGAAAAAUAUCGCAUAUAUCCAAAUAAGAAGUUUUUUGUACCAUUAAUGGACACGUUGCAAUUGCGCAUAGAUGGAAAUGUUAAUUACAGAGAAAUACUGAAUCUCUUGAAUUGGAAGCGCAGUUUACCCGUUCUACCAAUAAUUAAACAAGCACCAGUGGCGAGUUUAGAUUGUACUACGUAUGACAGCAUAAAAAAUAUUCAGACAACUGAUAGCGCAAGUAUACAUCCAGAUAAAGAGAAUUUGGGUGAUCAAACCUCCAUCCAUUGCUUGAUAUCGCCUAGCAUAUUUACGAGAUAUGGUUUGACACAUAUAGAUUUUUUUAAGAUGCGCGACAAAGAAGAAAUACGAAACAUAUUCGAGAACAUCGGUUUCGAAUUUCCAGAGGAGAGCUUUGAUACACUUUGGCAGAAAGGAAUACGGAAGGAUUGCACCGACGUGUGA